AUGUAUUCACCUAAAUGUUUAAUUGUUUACAGGGAACAGAUCAUUGAAAUGUUUGACCAUGCUUAUGGGAGUUACAUGAAAUAUGCCUAUCCAGCUGAUGAGUUGAUGCCACUAAGCUGUAAGGGCAGAGUACGUGGUCAAGAGCCCAACAGAGGUGACAUUGAUGAGUCUUUGGGCAAGUUUUCUCUCACACUGAUUGACACCCUCGAUACACUUGUGGUGUUAAAUAAGCUGGAUGAGUUUGAAGAAGCAGUGAGAAAGGCAGUGAGGGACGUACGCCUUGACAAUGAUGUUGUGGUGUCUGUGUUUGAGACAAACAUUAGGGUUUUGGGAGGACUUCUGGGAGCCCAUAUUAUGGCAGACCUGUUCCGUCAGCGAGGAGAGAGAAUGCUGUGGUACCGGGAUGAACUCUUACACAUGGCCAAAGACUUGGGUCAUCGUUUACUACCUGCCUUUAACACUACAAGUGGCCUUCCCUACCCAAAGAUAAAUCUGCGAUAUGGAGUCCUGAAUCCACUUUCUCGUAUUGGCACUGAAACAGACACAUGUACUGCCUGCGCUGGAACCAUGAUUUUGGAGUUUGCUGCUCUGAGUCGAUUGUCUGGGGAUUCUGUUUUUGAGAAACAUGCCCGAAAGGCUCUGGAUGUCCUCUGGAACAGGAGACAGAAAGAAAGUGAUUUAGUAGGAACAGUGAUCAAUAUUCAUAAUGGAGAAUGGAUCAGGAGGGACAGUGGAGUUGGUGCUGGCAUUGAUUCCUACUAUGAAUAUCUAAUGAAGGCUUAUAUUCUUCUUGGAGACAAUGUUUUUCUUGAAAGAUUUAACAUUCACUACAAUGCAAUCAUGAAAUACAUUAGUCAACCUCCCCUGUUGCUCAAUGUUCAUAUGCAUAAUCCAACUGUGAGUGUGCGCAGCUGGAUGGACUCCCUUUUGGCCUUUUUUCCUGGUCUGCAGGUUUUAAGGGGUGAUUUGAAACCAGCUAUUGAAACCCAUGAGAUGCUUUACCAAGUGACAAAGCAGCAUAAGUUUCUUCCUGAGGCUUUCACGACAGAGUUUAGAGUCCACUGGGGCCAACACCUAUUAAGACCAGAGUUUGCCGAAAGCACUUACUACCUCUACAAGGCCACUGGUGAUCCCUACUACCUCCGAGUUGGACAGUCUAUUGUAGAAAAGCUCAAUGUGUAUGCCCGAGUGCCUUGUGGGUUUGCAGCUGUGCAGGAUGUUCGCACUGGAACACAUGAGGACAGGAUGGACUCCUUCUUCCUAGCAGAGAUGUUUAAGUACCUGUACUUGCUGUUUUCUGAGAAAAGCCAGCUUCCUAUCAACAUUGAUGACUACGUUUUCACCACAGAGGCUCACCUUCUUCCUGUCUCACUCUCCACCAAACAGCCGGCCUGUCAGGAUAAUAUGACGUAUGUUGAGGUCUCACAAGCUGAAGAUUUAUUCACACACUCUUGUCCAAGCCCUGAAGCACUCUUUCCCAAUAACCCUACAUUUGCAAAAAGCAUACGAGAUGGGUACAAGUACCUCACUGGUGUGGGGCGUGCUUUUCAGCCCCUUCCACUCAGAGAGAUUGAACUACCACUGCACGACAAUGGGAUGGAGUCUGUUGAAUUUUUAAAAAGUAUGGGCAUUUCCCUUAUGCCACUUAAUGAAGCAAUGACUGGAAGUUCUAAGGAGCAUAAAGGAAUGUAUCAAAUUAAACUGGUUGCUGAGUUGAGUCAAACAAAUGAGGAGGAAGAGGUUGUUCCACAUAUUGUCCAGCUUAUAUCACCGCCUUUUUUGGGUCGGACAGUCCUGACAGCUGGACCAGCAAAAUUUGGAAUGGAUCUUACCAAACAGGAACAUGGGGUAAAAGGAAGUAUUGUAAAAUCAGUACCAUAUACAGCCUGUGGACUACUAGAGAAUACUAGAGAGAUUAAAGGGCAUAUUGCUCUAGCAUUACGAGGACACUGCAUGUUUGCUGCAAAGGCCCGUCAGCUCCAGGAUGCAGGAGCAACUGGAAUCAUCUUUAUAGAUCACAGAGAAGGAAGCAACAGCAAUGAUUCUCCACUAUUUCAAAUGGUGGGCGAUGGGGGCUCAACUGAGGACAUCACAAUACCUUUGGUUUUCCUGUUCAGCCGUGAAGGUCAAAUACUUCUAGAUGCUUUGGAAGAACAUCACAAUGUGGAUGUGUUGCUGUUACCAAAAGAGAGGCAGCUGGGACAAGAUAAGCCUGAGAAACCUGCUGGAAUGAACAUUGAAAUUCGACUGACAGAGGAAGGACAGUUGGACGAGGCAUUCCAGCACACCCUGGAACUAGUCCUGGAGAAAACCGCUGCAGCUGUCCAAGAAGUGCUGGACAUGGACCUAGAAAAAGAGCGACAAUCUCGGCUACAAAGCACAGCAGGAUCAUUGACUCAGAUCACAGACAGUAACAUUGAAGCAGAGACUGAGCCCUGACACUUUCCACUAUUUCUGCUGGAAUGUGCCUCAAAGUCUUUCACUGCCUCAAACACAGCCCGUACUGGUUUUCCCUGCAUGUUUACAGGCAAUGGAUGUUAUAGAUCAGGUGCUGCAAGGGCAACAAUCUGUCUGAAUCAUAUUAACUUACAUUUUUAAAAGAGUACCUGGUAUUUUGGCAGUGCGGAUUGGAAAUAUAUGUAGUUAAGCUGAGCAGACAUAUUUUAGAUUCAAAAUUGACUAGCACAAUCUUUUGCCCAAACCUACUGUCCGAACUGUUGCUCUUGUAGUCACAUAAGGAGCGUUUAGAGGUAUUUUUAAAUCACUUACUAAUAGGGACGAAUAAGGUCAUAUGUAAUGGCUAGUGAUGUUUUUAUGCAAUGCAGUUGUUAGUUGUUAAAAUCUAGAAUUGCACAUAUUUUUAUUUUGUGUUUUAUUUAUACAGUACUGUUGAAAUGAGUGAAUGGACUUUUUGGCCAGUAGGUGGAGUAGCUCCAACAGAGUCUCAAUAGUGAAACGUCAUUACAAGGUGAAGAAAAUUGGGGGCCAAACAUAAGCAUUUUUCAGGGAUUAGUGAGAAUGAAUGCUUCAGAGAAGUGUGUACAUUUUCUUUUGUGUGUGCCUGUGUAACCUGUAAAAAGAGAUCUUUCACAGAUUGUUGCUUUUAUUCCAUUUAGGUUUAUGAUUUUGUGCACCUUUUAGAAUAAGUACAUGUUUCAGUUGUAACAAUUUUACCAAAGCUAUAUUAACAAUAGUUUGGAUCAGUUCCUUUUUGAUGUCUUUUACUAUGCACUUUAGUUUGUUACUCUUCUUUGUAUGAUGUAACAACAUACAACACAACAAAGCAACUAAUGAGAUCGUAUAAGAGUUUCCAUAGUAACUGGAUCAAUGCAUUUAUUUUAAGUUGACACUUGAUUAAUUACGUAUGGUGUCAUAUUUCUUAAAAUGCCUGACCUGCAUUUCCUGAGAGACUUUUUGUUUAUAUCAUAUCUAAUGAACAAACUAUCCCAUCCCAAUCAUAAAUGCAAAUAUUGUAUGUGGCAAAUAAUUUAGAUUUAAUUUUCCAUGAAUUGACAUUUUUCUUAUUUUUGCUGGCAUAGUUUUAGUGGGACUUAAUAUUUUGUUUUUGUUAAAACUUGCCAAACUAUUUACCUCAGGGUCGUGGUAUAAAGGGCAGCCUUGUUUUUCUUCCUCCAGCCGGCUUUCCUUAAAAUGGUUAUGUUGGGGGGUAACAUCCAAUUUGUGCCAAAAGAAAUUACCACAUGAAUUUCUUUUAUCUUUAGUUAUCCACUUUGUGAACUGAGUAAUCUUGUAAAAAUAGCAAUGAUAAUAAACUAAUUUGUCUCA